AUGGCGACAGGAGGUCAUGCCCCUGAGAUAGAUGUGCUGAUCAGUCUACAACAGAUCCUGACAGAAGAUGAGGACGGAUCUCUGGAGGGAGAGGAGGAGGAGGAGGAGAACUGGGAGAAGGCUCUGUCUGUGGAACGCUUUGGGGACAUUCUUGGUGACUCUGCUUCUGCCAGUGGAGACAAGAUGGGCCGACACUACACUGAGAAAGACUUUGAGAAUCACAGACACACCUUCCACCACACGCACCACCCCCUGUCCACCCACCUGCCGCUGCCGCUGCCCCAGCGGCUACGCAAGCGGGUGCACGGCACGGACAGGAGACGCAAAAAGAAACGGAAGAAAAGAAAGACGUCUCUGCCCCCCUCCGAUGUCACGCCCACAAUCCAGGAGGUAGACGAGGAGGAGGCGGAGUCUGAGACCGACGGGCUGGGGGCAGCCGCCACGCCCACAGAGCCGCCCGGCAUGCAACCACAGUUUAGUUUGGGGAGCCAAGAGGACUUGGAGGAGCCCGUUCCACUCUCUACCGUCCACACGGAAAACGAAGGGCGGGCGGCGUCGUCGGGGGGGAACGCUGCGGUCACGCCCACAGAGGGAGCGGCUCACAACGGGGGGGGUGUUGCUCCUGGACAGGAUGAGGAGCUGGACGGGGAGGAGGGGGAUCGCCACAGUUUCCCCCCGGGGUCGGACCCCUCCACGUCCACCACGGCCUGCGGCUGGUUCCGCAGGAAGCCCGUCCACCACCGCCUGGCCGGCGCCCAGCGGAGCAACUACGACCUGCGGGAGCGGAUCUGCAUCGGGAGCAUGACCGCCCUGGAGACCGCGGUCUACCAGCAGGUGCCCACUGAUGAGGCGGAGGCCCAGAUGUUGGCCAGUGCUGAUCUGGACGACAUGAAAAGCCACAGGUUUGAGGACAACCCCGGGGUGAGACGCCACCUGGUGAAGAAGUCGUCCCGAUGUCAGCUGACCCGGAGCAGCAUCAGCACCACGCCGCUCUCCAGCCUGAAGAAGAGGAAGAGAGCAGCCGAGAAGAAGACACAUGAGGUGUUCGUGGAGCUCAACGAGCUGAUCGUGGAGAAGGAUCAUGAAAUGCGCUGGAAGGAGCGAGCACGCUGGAUCAAGUUUGAAGAGGAUGUGGAGGAGGAGACCGACCGCUGGGGCAAACCUCACGUGGCCUCGCUCUCCUUCCGCAGCUUGCUGGAGCUGCGUCGCACCAUCACGCACGGUGCCAUCCUUCUGGACCUGGAGCAGAACACUCUGCCUGGAAUCGCUCAUCUGGUGGUGGAGACGAUGAUCAUCUCCGAUCAGAUCAGAGCCGAGGACAGACCCAGCGUUCUGAGGGCGCUGCUGCUCAAACACAGCCAUCCGAGUGAUUUCAAACAUCGCUUCCACCGCCACCAGUCGUCCAGCAGUCUGCACGGAAGCCUCAAUCACAACCACGCCCACGAAACCAGCCUGCCGCUGGUGACCGAGGAGCACGACGAGCACCAGGACAGCAAGGGGCCGCAGUACGACCCCAAACAAGACAAAUCUCUCCACCCUCUUCCUCCCGAGAGCCACCCGGCCGCGGCCAGAUCCAUGAAGCUGCUCGCCAAGAUUCCCAAAGACGCAGAAGCUGUCAUCGUUUUAGUCGGCUGUGCUGAGUUCCUGGAGCAGCCGGCCAUGGCGUUCGUCCGGCUGAACGAAGCCGUGCUGCUGGAGUCGGUGCUCGAGGUCCCUGUCCCCGUUCGCUUUAUAUUCGUCCUGCUUGGUCCCAGUCAGUCCAACAUGGACUAUCACGAGAUCGGACGCUCCUUCUCCACUCUCAUGUCCGACAAGAACUUCCACGAGGUGGCCUACUUUGCGGACGACAGGCAGGACCUCCUGAACGGGAUCAACGAGUUCCUGGACUGCAGCAUCGUCAUCCCGCCCUCGGACGUGGAGGGCAAAGACCUCCUGAAGACGGUGGCUGACUUCCAGAAGCAGAUGAUGCGCAAGAGGAAGGAGCGGGAGCUCAAGAAGCAGCACUCCUCCUUCGGGGUGGUGCAGGAGAACAAUGAGGUGAGCCCGGAGGAGGAGGGCGAGGGCGACCAGGAGGUGGACCCGCUGACCCGCUCUGGGAUCCCGUUCGGAGGCCUGAUCCACGACAUCCGCCGCCGCUACCCGCACUACGUCAGCGACUUUAAAGAUUCCAUCGACCUGCAGUGCAUGGCCGCCGUCAUCUUCAUCUACUUCGCCGCCCUGUCGCCCACUAUAACCUUCGGAGGCCUGCUGGGAGAGAAAACCGAGGGUCUGAUGGGAGUGACUGAGCUCAUCGUUUCCACUGCUACUCUCGGGGUGAUAUUCUCUCUGCUCGCUGGUCAGCCGCUCCUCAUCAUCGGCUUCUCAGGACCCUUGCUGGUGUUUGAAGAGGCCUACUACAAGUUCUGUCAAGCUCACGACUACGAGUACCUGACGGGUCGGGUGUGGAUCGGGUUCUGGCUCAUCAUCAUCGUGCUGGUGAUGGUGGCGGCGGAGGGCAGCUUCCUCGUCCGCUACAUCUCGCCCUUUACCCAGGAGAUCUUUGCUUUCCUCAUCUCCCUCAUCUUCAUCUAUGAGACCUUCUCCAAGCUCAUCAAGGUGUUUAAGGAACAUCCUCUGAUGUCCUUGUACACCAGUGAUCACUCUCCAGCUACUCUGCUGCACGAGGACGACGGCCCGGUCUUCAACCAGCCCAACACUGCUCUGCUCUCUCUGGUCCUCAUGCUCGGCACCUUCUUUGUGGCUUUCUUCCUCAGGAAAUUCAGAAACAGUCGAUUCUUGGGUGGCAAGGCCAGAAGAGUCAUCGGGGACUUUGGAAUCCCUAUUUCAAUUCUGGUCUCAGUGUUGUUGGACUACGCCAUCACUGACACUUACACACAGAAACUCAACGUGCCGUCUGGCUUUUCCGUCACGUCCCCUGAUAAGAGAGGCUGGUUCAUCAGUCCCUUCGGUGACAAGCAGCCGUUUCCAGCCUGGAUGAUGGCAGCGAGUAUCGUACCAGCGCUCCUCGUCUUCAUCCUCAUCUUCAUGGAAACUCAGAUUACUUCCUUGAUAGUGAGUAAGAAGGAGCGUCACCUGGUGAAAGGCUCGGGUUUCCACCUGGACCUGCUGCUCAUCGUCAUCCUGGGGGCCUUCUGUCCCCUGUUCGGCCUCCCGUGGCUCACCGCGGCCACUGUCCGCUCGGUCACGCAUGUCAACGCCCUCACGGUCAUGAGCAAGGCCACGGCGCCUGGCGAGAAGCCCAUGAUCCAGGAGGUGAAAGAGCAGAGGCUGACCGGGCUUCUGGUGGCCGUGCUCGUCGGCAUGUCCAUCGUGAUGACCGACGUGCUGCGCCUCAUCCCCCUGGCCGUGCUCUUUGGUAUCUUCCUGUACAUGGGCGUCACCUCCCUGACGGGCAUCCAGCUGUAUGAACGCAUCACCCUGAUGGUCACGCCCGCCAAGCAUCACCCCGACCACAUCUACGUCACCAAGGUGAAGACAUGGCGGAUGAACAUGUUCACCAUCAUCCAGCUGGCGUGCAUCGUGGCAUUGUGGGUAGUGAAGUCCACUGUGGCCUCGCUGGCGUUCCCCUUCGUCCUCAUCAUGACGGUGCCGCUGCGCCGCCUCGUCCUCUCCAGGAUCUUUCAGGAGCGAGAGCUCCAGGCGCUGGACUGUGACGAAGAUUCUCCCAACUUCGAUGAAGACGGACGGGACGAGUACAACGAGAUCCACAUGCUUGUGUAA